CGCUGGCGCUGCCCGGAGGUUUGGAGCCAGGGGAGCGAGCGGAGGCAGCCGGCCGGGGGCGGCACAGCCGGGCGGCGGGCAGCGGCUGGAGAUGAGCGCUGAAGCGGAGGGGCCGUCGCGGGCGGAUGGUGCCGGCGCGGACAGCACGAGGUGACGCCGCCUCAGGUACCGUGGCUCCUUCAGCAUCCUCGCGGGUGCGGGCGGCGCUGGGCUGUGCAGCACCCGCCUGACCUCCGCCCAGCUCCAGGCACCGCCCGGAGGCAGCGGGAACGGUGCGGUGUCCCUGGGACGGUAGCCAGAGGCAACAUUCCGAGCCGGGCCCGGCCGCUCCGCAGGCGGGGCAGCCUUCUUUGCAGCCGUGUUGUGAUUUUGAUCCUGGAGAGUGUGGGCUGCUGCUGGCAGCUACAGGAUGAAGUCGCCUCCCUGCUGCAUGUCUCUUUCUUCCCAAGCAUCCUUGGAGGAACCAGGGAGUAGCACAUCCCUGGGUUCGCUGGAGUCCAGUGUUUUCUCCAGUGAGGAAGAGCAGGGUCCCCUGCUCCAGAAGGUCAUCCCUUCUCUGGACUGCUUUACUAUCAAUGUAGGAGGCAGCCGCUUUGUGAUGUCCCAGCAAACUUUGUCUUGCUAUCCUGACACCCGUCUUGGCAAACUGGCAGUAGUGGUCUCUGCUGCCCGAGAUGUGGCUUCUGGCCUCCUUGAGCUUUGUGAUGAUGCCAACCUUGUGGAGAAUGAGUACUUCUUUGACCGGAGCUCACAGGCAUUUCACUACAUCCUGAAUUACUACCAGACAGGGAGGCUGCAUGUGAUGGAGCAGCUUUGUGCACUCUCUUUCCUGCAAGAGAUCCAGUACUGGGGUUUGGAUGAGCUCAGCAUUGAUUCCUGCUGCAGAGACCGGUACUUCAGGAGGAAGGAGCUGAGUGAAGCCUUAGACAUCAAGAAAGAUGCGGAAGAACUGGAUGCCCAAGAUGAAGAAGAGGAUUUUUCUGGUAGCCUCUGUCCCAAUGUCAGACAGAAACUUUGGGAAGUUUUGGAAAAGCCUGGCUCCUCUGCAGCAGCCAGGACGUUUGGAACCUUGUCCAUGGUUUUUGUUGUUGUGUCAAUUGCCAACAUGGCCUUGAUUUCAGUAGAGCUCAGCUGGCUGGCCCCACCACUGCUGGAUGCCCUAGAAUACCUGUGCAUUGCAUGGUUCACAGCCGAGUUUGUCCUGAGGCUCCUGUGUGCACAAGAUCGGUGCCGCUUCCUAAGGAGUGUGGCAAACAUCAUAGACCUCCUUGCUAUUUUGCCUUUCUACAUCACCCUGCUGGUAGAGAGCCUGUGCGGUGGUGAGAGCUCCCAAGAACUGGAGAAUGUGGGGCGCAUUGUCCAAGUGCUGAGACUUCUCAGAGCCCUGCGGAUGUUGAAGCUGGGAAGACAUUCAACAGGCUUGCGGUCUCUUGGGAUGACUAUUGCUCAGUGCUAUGAGGAGGUUGGCCUUCUGCUUCUUUUCCUCUCUGUAGGAAUCUCUAUAUUUUCCACUGUGGAGUACUUUGUUGAGCAAGGUGUGCCAGGCACAACUUUCACAAGUGUCCCUGGUGCUUGGUGGUGGGCAACAACUUCCAUGACAACAGUUGGUUAUGGUGACAUUAGACCAGACACUACCAUUGGUAAGGUAGUAGCCUUUAUGUGUAUACUAUCAGGAAUACUGGUUUUGGCUUUGCCAAUAGCUAUAAUAAAUGACCGUUUUUCUGCCUGUUAUUUUACACUGAAGAUAAAAGAAGCUGCUCUUCGGCAGCGUGAAGCUUUAAAGAAACUCAUGAAGAACUCAUCCAGCGAUUCAAAUAUCAAUGUUAAUUUGCGAGACAUAUACGCACGCAGCGUCAUGGACAUGUUGCGGUUAAAAAGCAGAGAGAGAGCAAGUACAAGGAGCAGUGGUGCAGAUGAAUUUUGGUUUUGACUUUGGGUGCGAUGAUUUUUGGUUUUGGCUUUGAAGUUAUUUAACCUUGUGUAGCACAUAGACUACUUUGGAAAUUUAGUAUUAAAUAUCUCUUUUUUUAUUAUUUUCCACACAGUGUAUUUGCUUUUCCAGGUGGAGUUUUGCUUACUUGGACAGACUGAAGUAUCUAUUGUGUACAAAAGGCAGCAUACAUAACAUGAAAUCUCUCAAGGAGCUCUAAAACCUGCUUUCAGAACUGGAUCGUGGUAGGUGAGAUGGGAAAUAAUGGAUCCAUGACAGUAAAACAAUGAUGCAAGCAUUUGUCUAAUCUAAAUCCCUACUAAUGUGUCAUAAUAAAGUCUUGAUGAAAAUU